AUGUUAUUAACCAUAUUCGUAGUCUUUGGGUUUAUUCAGCAUGUAGCUUCAAUUCAAUGUUUUACAUGCUCUCAGCCAGGUGGUUUUUGUUCCCUGCCAUUGAAUCUUGAUAAUGGUGAUGAAAGUAACGAAAGUGAGAUAGAUAGUGCUAAUUACGAUGCAGAUUAUUUUUGUCAGAGUGAUCAUUAUUUUGAUCCAAACAUUGAUACGGAAAUAUUAAUUUUACGUGGUAUACAAUAUUGUGAAGAAUUAGAUGUUGCAAAUCAUCGUACACAUUGCUGUCAACAAGAUAAUUGUAAUCAAUGGAUACCACCAAUGACAACUAGACACAUCAUUUAUUCAAAUGAACAACGUGUAUUAUCUUCGAUGAUGUUGACUAUCUUUUCUGUUGUAUUUCAAUAUUUUUAUAAAUAG